AUGGUUAGACAGAUCAACUCCAAGCGCGAGCUCGACCAGGAGCUGCAAAAGGCGGGCAACAAGCUGGUGGUGCUCGAGUUCUUCAAGUCGCGCAGCCCCGAGUCCAAGCGCAUCUUCCCCAAGCUGGAGGAGGAAAGUAGCAAGCGGCCCAAUGUCAUCUUCUUGAAGGUCAACGUGGACAUGCUCACCGAUGUAGCGGCCAUGUACAACGUGCAGGAGACGCCUGCCGUGGUCUACAUCAAGAACGGGCGCAUGGUGCACUCCCUUAUGGGCAAACACGAUCCGAGCGUGCUGAAACUGGCCAUCGACCAGUACGAAGGGGGCCGCGGCGAGCAGGCCGCUCGCACCGCCACGACCGUCUCCAGGGGCUAA